UCCUCUAAGUAAGCGUCUAGUCAAACAGAGAAACGGUUGCGCCGUUUCUGCGUUUUAGGCCCGUGUUGAACCUGACGCACACUCGUUGGUGUGCUGAUGAAGUUUUGAAAAGUUCUUUUCUCAGAAAUUUAAAUCGAAAAAAAAAAACAUUUUUGAAUAAGUUACUCUUAUACGUAGGUGUAAAGUUAUUUUAACAAUGGACGAUCAGAUGGAAAUAAGCUCCACGACACCCUCACAUGGCUUUCAGCAUGAUGACGACGAAGAAGAAUACAGCGCAGACAAAUACGAGAACUCGCUGAUGGAUAACGAAGCUGAUUUAAUGGAACGAGAGGCAGAUGCUAAAGAUCCAGACGGCGACAGUAUCUUAGAUCUGGUCGGAGGAGCGGAAGAUGCGCUGGAGAGGCACAGGUCCACACUGCCACGUACCGAAGAACCUCCUCUGCUGGACUUCACAGAUCCAGAACCAGCAUCCACCUCUAAACCAGAGCCAGAAGCUGUCAAACCAGCACCGACCAGUGCGUCUGGAGGUGCAACAGCAAAACCGACCAAAUCAGAAGAAAAAGAAGAGAAACCUUCAGUCACACCAUCCAAAUCGAAAUCUUGUUGUUCAUUGGUGGACCUGCUGUAUUGGCGAGAUCUGCAGAGGACGGGGGUGGUGUUUGGAGCCAGUCUGUUCCUGCUGCUGUCCCUCAGCGUGUGCAGUAUUAUCAGCGUGAUCUCUUACGUGGCCCUCGCCCUGCUGUCUGUCACCAUCUCCUUCAGGAUAUACAAAGGCAUUUUACAAGCUGUUCAGAAGUCAGAGGAUGGACACCCCUUCAAGAUGUAUCUGGAUAAAGAUUUCGGGAUCUCUUCAGAGUUGGCUCAUAAGUACGGUGACACGGCUCUGGCGCACUUCAACUCUUUGAUUAAGGAGCUGCGACGACUCUUCCUGGUGGAGGAUCUGGUGGACUCGCUCAAGUUUGCAGUUCUCAUGUGGAUCCUGACCUAUGUGGGUGCCUUGUUCAAUGGUCUUACCCUUCUUAUUUUGGGUCUCAUAGGUGCUUUCAGUUGGCCGGUGAUCUAUGAGAAGCAUCAGGCACAAAUUGAUCAUUACUAUGGACUGGUGAACAAGCAAAUCAAAGAUGUUUUUGGAAAGAUCCAGGCCAAGAUUCCCGGAGCAAAGCCAAAAGACAGAGUGAAGAAAAGUUAGCUAGUGUGUUAUUUCCGUGCACGAGAAGUGAUGGUGGAACAAGCGAAGACAGACAGAAUCGUGUUUGGUUUGGACAAAGGCCUUAGACGAUGCAAUGUAAACUUUACCCCCUCCCCCCCCCCCAGUGUUUGAGUUGUUAGCGUAACUGAGAAUGAAACCUUUUUAAACCUCUUAUCAGUUUCUCUCACAAGCAGAGUCAUCACUCUUUCACAGUAGAUCUAGUUCUCCAUGUUCUGAAGUAAACGCAGCUACCUAACACCAUUACAGAAUGUAGUCCGAGGAACUGAUGUUGGCAAAGGCAGGAAUCAAUGGUUUUUUUCAUUUACUAUUCAGUCAGUGAAGCGUUCACCUCAUUUGAAGGCCACUUUGAUUCAUUUCAGUAUGAUAAAGGGAGUGAAAUGUUUUGGUUACGAAGUUCCUUCACAACAAGUCUUUUGUUUUUAGCUCUUUUUUUUUCCCCCAUUUCGUUUGUACUUGGCGUGCUAGAACACAGCGGUGUUGUUGUGUAACUGUGUUAAAGUUGAUGCAGUUCAGUUGUGUUAGAGGUGAAGAUGCUUCUAGUCUUCUGUUGCAGAGUUUAAGAGCAGUUUUAUUUCGAACAUGCCUUCAAAGGGAUCUGUUAUGGCAUAUUGCACCCAACUAUUCAAUGUUUUUAGCCGUUUAGUGAAAAAAUAAAAAAAAAUAAAAAAAUAACACACGCUAGACCGUAUGCUGUGUUGGCCUAUCACCUUCCUAUCAUGUCAAAAUCAACAUCAUGUUUGCAGAAUUUGCUGUCUCCAUCGUGGAUCGAAUACCUGAAACGGGACAUGCUCUAAAAACUUCAAGCACUGUUUCUUCAUGCAGGUCAUUUGUAAAUGAUAAUUCAGUUUUAAUGAAAAUAUGCUGAAGACUGUCUGUGAAAUGCAUUGUGAGAAAUAAGCCGAUUAAAUACCAAUAAAGCUUGUAGACAAACUAAA